AUGAUCUACCUCUUCAUACUACUCACAUUCGUUGUGGUGGUAGUAGCACAAUCAGACAGUCCUCUGACCUCAGCAAAAAUGGACGAGUUAAGAACUGAGGCGGACGAACUCGUCCGGGAUUAUUCGGAUUUACAGAGGAGACUAACGUCAAAGUUCGACAACAUUAUUCUUCUUUUGGAAAAGAAGAUGCGCAUCAAGUAUGAAUUAUUCAAAGCGCGCAUUUCCAAUGUUAUUACUCGAUUUUUGGAACCAACACUGCUUCCCUUUGCAAUUCUGCAAGUUCCAAGUCCAGAAGAGAUAGAACAGGCUCUCCUGGCUAUUGGAAAUGCACCUGUAUUUGGUGGAGGAAGCCAGGCACUCGCAGCAACUAUUUCAAACAGGGACACCUCCAAAAAUGAAACAGGAACUGCAAGGGAAGUUCAACCUCCCGAACUCUCUCAGCAAACGACUCAUUCCUCCAGACAAUCCCGAGAGAAGGCUCAAUCCUCCAUACCUCAAGAGGAGACUCAACGCUCCACGAACUCUCAGGAAGAGGCUCAAACUUUUCAGACAUUACUUCCACGCGCUCAACAGCUCUAUCAGCCUCAAUACCUCUCUACAGCUCAAGAACCUGAAUAUCGGCCCAAACCUCGUUACAACUACCUCUCCGUAAACCCCUACCCUCAGGAUUAUGAAUACAGUAGCAGUAAUACAUUUACCAGCUCAUCAGGACAAUAUUACUGGCCAAAUUAUCCAUAUAAUUCCUAUCAACCUGCUGUACAAUCGGUACAGUACUCACCACAGUACUACUGGCAGCAACCAAGGCAACAAUAUCGGGUGCAGCAACGUCAACCAGCAUACUAUUGGGUAUAUCCCGAUGGCAGAACCUAUUAUGAUCGAUAUUAUCCAUACUAA